CUUUAUUUUUCUUCGUCCCACUACCGACAUGGACGCCAGAUAUGUCUAUACGGUUCAUGAACGCCUUAUCCAAAUAGUCAGCUAUGUCCAGACACCAGCACGUAAACUCGGCCAAAAGUGGGCGUUUUGAGACGAGGGGUGAGCUGUAUGCAAAGUGACGAGGUGUGCGUAACAUUGCAAAGAAAAAAGGCGGCGUCAUGAGCCGCACCGGACCAUUGUGCAGGUACCAUGACCACAGGGGGAGACAGUCUCUGGGUUGCCUGGUUCUGGAGGGGACUCUGACAUGUGCUAUAGAUUUUGCAGCCAUGUUCACUAUUCAGUGUAUAUACACCAUACUGGCGUGCGGCCACAUCCACUUCCCUAGUUUUGCGUGUGUGUGUGUGUGUGUGUGUGUGUGUAUGUGUGCAUGUGUGUAUGCUGCUGUAGAUCGUAUGCGCAGAAGACACAUAGCAUUUAGCAUUUUAUCACCCUCAAUUUGGCUGUACUUCAGUGCGUCCUCUUUUGUCGUCCAACUUUAAGCAGGACAGAGUGAGAGAGGCGAGAGGCAGCUGUGCA